UUCUCAGUCUACCAUCUGCUGGUUUCAAAACAGCGGCUGUAUGGCAUGGGAGCGAUUGUCAAAAGCAUCCUGAGCGGAGUGCAACAACACGAGUCUGCAAUUUAGGGCGUCCUAGAAGAGCACACCCAGCCUGCAACAGACCGCAAAAUUAUUCUCGUAAUUACUGUAAUUGUCCAACAACCUUAUGCUUUGUUGAAAGUUUGCAGUGCUACCCAACAACACGAAAAUGGUCCGCUGUUCUUAUGGCUGCAUUCGUAACGUAUUAAAGAAUGACAGAUGGUCAUAUCUGGAGAUUAUCCUGGAGGCUGUUGUGAUCAUAUACUUUACUACGGAUUUAUCACACUUCUUAUUGCGCAGCUCCGUUUCGUCUAUGCGCCGUUACUAUUCCUCACGAGCGGGUAUCGGAACAGAGAUGCAACGCUGGAACUGGCUCACCGUGCCCACAUAUAGCUUGCAAUCGAAUCCCGAAGCAUACGAUUGUUAUUGGAUUUCGUCACUGGCCGAAAACUGGCUGCCGAUCGACAUCGCCACAAAGUACCCAACAUGCUGCAACUCGUACUAUCACAGCAUGACCAAUGUCGUCUGCGCGAAUUAUUCCGAAGCGAUGAUACCGUAUGUUCACAGGAAGGCGUUUAAUAAGUACCAUGUAAACGACUGCGGGGCAUGGUGUGCCACGGCAAUUAUCCUAGCCUAUGUCACGUUGUCACUGUGUGUGUGCACCGGGAUCAGUUUGGCCAGUAACUAUUACUAUGGUCACUGGACAAAUCCAGUACUGCAUUCACGAGCAACUCGAGGUGGCGCCACUCUUGACAGCUACCCGGACAAUUUGCUGCUUAGCUGGAUCGCGGCCAUUCUAUUGGGUUUGGUAGCGCUGGUGCUGAUUGUCUGUAUUCCGGUGAUGCUGGUUAUGUUCUUCCUGCCAUGGCUGGGUUAUGUCAUUUUCGGUCAUGCAGGAGUUCUGCCGGUGUGCGUGUUCACUGUGAUGCUGUUAGCCAUAUACUCACAUCUGUGCUUAUUCCGCGUUAUCCGACUACCUUCCAGGUUCCGUAUCGUGUUCAGUUUCUUAAUGAGGAAUAGUUACGAAUGGUUCCGUGUUCCCCGGCAAGAUAUAAGCGACAGUGUUGUGGUACACCAGAAAUGGAGUUCUGUUGCACGCCUCGUCUGCACGCUCUUCCUGUUAGCGUUGUGUGGAAUCAUCAUUUUUCCGGCAUAUCCUCUUUUUCACAAAGCAAUCAACCUUGUGUACGCGUAUCCGUAUUACAACACGCUGGAAAGUUCUACGCUGGUGUUAGGAUUAAAUCAAGCAAGACUAUCCUAUUGGGUGGAUCCCCUUUCCCUGUACAGCAAAUCAGCGAUUAGAUAUUUGUAUUGGAAUCAUACUCCAACGGAGAUAAAUGUGUUUUAUUAUAUUGUGGGCCUCGUUGGACUUGUAAUGAGCGGCGUGUGUUUUGUUAUUGCCAUCGUCUCCAUCGCCGCGAUUCUGCCGGGACUGCUUGUUUUCUUACUCUACCGUGCAUGCAAAGAUUGCUCUGGCAGUCAAUCAAGCUAUGGCAAAAGUGUAAGAACGACGUGGCAUAACCGGUGCCGAAUCGCGGCCAUGGCGUUCUUCUAUACCGCGACACAAAUCGUUUUUCACUUGACGGUGACAUUUGCCGCGCCGGAACAAGCGUUUCUUCCCUUGUAUUUGUUGUGGAUGGCAUUGCUGAUCAGUCUGGUUGUGUUUGAAAUCAAAUGUAUAAUUCAGUCAUCUCGGGAGAGCCCAAGAUUUUCCGCCCACGAAAAUAUUGCACUGACUUAAAGUCGGUGCUUGAUGCAUUCAACGAGGUCAUCGUUUGCCACGCAAUACCAUGAUAUUACCGUGAUUGUAGUCAAGGAAUAUGGUGUUCCCAUUGUUAGCGGUGGAUGUUUCGACUUUACCGGCAAAAGAUGUCGCAGGUCGCUCAGCAAGGAUAAAGUUAAUAAUGCUGUAGACAAUCUGCUAAAAACCUUUUAUUCUAAAACCAAACUAACAGUUUAAAUAUAUUGAUUGCAAAAUACAAGAAUUAAUUAUCGCAAAGUAACCAUGUCGUUGCAUUUGCGAUGGAGUCAGUUGGUUGCUUUUGGGUCGUUUCCUAAAAUCGAGUUCGGAGUUUUAUAUAUACAGCAUCAAUUUCAUUUUGCUUACUACAGAGGAGAGUUUUUGUUGUUUGUGGAUGCCUUCUGCUGUGCGGGGCGUUUUACUAUGGUUGUUAAAGAUGCUUUGUUUGCUUUCUUUGUCAUUUGCCUACGAAAUCAACACAAAGCA